AUGGUUAGAUUAAACCGCAGAAUUACACGGAUCGCUUUGCUGGGCUCAUUGGUGACAAUAUCGGUGGUGCUUAGUGUGGGGCAUUUCAGCGCUCUCAGGCUGUCUGCCGAGUACAACGAACAGGUCUCUAAAGUAUCGCAGGGUCUGGCAGAUUACCUCGAAGAUUUCAAUAUUCACUUUUCUGACUUCUUUAGAGGUAGUUCCAGUGAUUAUGGCAAGGAAUAUGGAGUUGGAGAAAUGCCUUGGACGGAGAUUCAGGAGCGGUUGACGUUCAAAGAGGUGACCUGGAAAAAGCCCAAGAAAAUUGUCGCCGAGAACAUGGAGUUCUACCGGAAGUUGCUGAAGACUCCAAUCAAGGAGCCCAAAGUUGAUAAUUUAAUUCGUCCUCCCGGAAAGGGGCAGAACUACGAAAGAGCCAGUGCUACCUUUGCUGUUCUGGUGAGGAACCACGAACUGAGAGGGUUGGCCAGUACAAUCAGGCAGAUCGAAUCGACGUUCAACCACAAAUAUCAUUAUCCUUAUGUCUUGCUCAACGACAAGCCUUUCAGCUCUACUUUCAAGAAAAGCAUCAAGAGUCUGGUUUCGGGAGAGGUGUUUUUUGAACAGGUUCCACAAGAGACGUGGGAUGUACCUGCGGAGAUUGACCAGGACAAGAUGAAGGCCGCAAUGGCCAAUUUGAAGGCUCAUAACGUUGGAUAUGCUGAUAAGUUGUCCUAUCACAACAUGUGUCGCUAUUAUAGUGGGGAGUUCUUCAAUCACCCCAGAAUGCAGGAGUUCAAGUACUACUGGAGAAUCGAGCCGAACACCCAAUAUUUCUGCGAUAUUGACUAUGAUGUGUUCAAGUUCAUGGAGAGUGAGAAGAAGACUUAUGGAUUUGUGAUUUCUCUCUACGAUAUUGAGAGGUCUGUGGAAUCUUUAUGGCCUACUACUCUAGACUUUGUGGCUAAAAACCCCGGGUUCGUUCAUCCCAAUGCGUCGUUUUCCUGGCUCACAGAAAACCUGCAAAAUCCCCAGAAAACUUCCAUGGCCAAUGGUUAUUCUACCUGCCAUUUUUGGUCGAAUUUCGAGAUCGGAGAUUUGGACUUUUUCAGAGGAGAAGCGUAUCAGAGGUAUAUUGAUGCUCUGAACGAUGCAGGUGGCUUUUACUAUGAGAGAUGGGGUGAUGCUCCAGUUCAUUCUAUUGGCCUGGGUUUAUUUGAAGAUAGAUCCAAAAUCCACUGGUUCCGCGAUAUUGGCUACAAGCAUGACCCAUACGAAAACGCUCCCAACAGUGUUCAGUGUCCAAAGGGCAAGAAAGCACAUAUCCCCGGGGAUUUUUCGUAUGGUCAUCUUUACGACCAAAAUUGUAUGGCCAAUUGGGUCAAGUAUGAGAUGAAUGACCAGCUUUUGGGUGUGUACUAG